UCUGUGCCACAUACAUUUCCAGUUGUAAUUUGUUCAGAGUUGAUUGAUUGCAGCAGGCUAAAAUUGAGUGAGUGAGUGAAAGAAAGAAAAAUACAUUGUGUAAUUAAUUUCCUUUAAACUAUGUUAUUGCAAACAGCAUUGGAAUACACACACACACUCUCUCUCUCUCUCACACACACACAAAAAUAGCAAAGUAAGAAAAGAGCAAUACUCCGAGAAAAUACUGACUGAUAUAUACAGUAUGGUGAGGAAUAAGAUUAUUGUCCACUAGAGACAAGGUGAGUGGAAUAUUCUAGUUUGGAGGGAGGGAGCUAAAUGCAAUACUGAAGUGCAAAGCUUGUAUGUUAAGUCAAAGAAAAAGGUGUAUUAGAAAGUUUUAUUUUUUUAAAGUUUUUUUUUUAAGUUUAGUACUUUGAAGGAAAAAGGAAGGGAAGGGGUUUUCCCUCUUUUUUUUAGUAAGGCCAAAGAAUUUGAAAGAAUGCAAUACAUUUUGUAAAUAUGUAAAAAUCAUAAAGAUUACUAGGUGCAAAUAGAAAUACACGUUAUUUCCAUUGCAGGGAAGAUAAAGCAGGAGUGGUUAAAUUGACUACUUUAUUUAAAGAGGAAAAUAUGUUCUUAUUUGGAUAUACUUUUGGAAUUUGUGCUUCUGAAGAAAAAAUAUGAAACUUUGACCUUGGUUUUGUUGAUUAGAAAGAUUUGGUGUUAUAGGAAUGGCUAGUUAUUUAUUAAUGUGUAAAAGCAAAAAGUUGAGGUUCGAAUGUGUUUAUCUUGUACUGUGCCAGGAAGAGUUGGAAGUCAAUGCCCUCUUCUUUCUUUUUCUCUUUCCCCUUGUAAUCUCACCCCCCCCAUUCCCUUUCCCUCCCUUAAUUUCCUUUUUUCUUUUCUUCUUUGUAUUUUAUAUAAUAAAAUUAAAAUGAUAAAUGUUAAAGAAAACACAAUAUUUGUAAUGAAGAUAUACAUAAUUCAGUGUAUCAGGAAAAAACCAGAUUCUCUAUAUUAAAUUUGUGGAUAGAUGCUAAGACUUGGGUUCAGAAAAAGGUGUAACGAGCAAAAAAAUAUAUGUAGGUGUGUAGUGGAAAAUGAAGAAUAUGAUAUUCUGACAAUUUAGCACACUGCCCUUUGUUGUCACUGUUUAAGUUGUUGGUGUUAGCCUCUUUUUCAAUUCCAUCAACAGUAGGGAUAUGCAGCAUUUUGCUAUUCAUGAACGAAACACUCUGAAGAAGUCUAUAACAUUCUUUUCCCUCUCUGGACCAUGCUUAAUCUCCUCUAGACCAUGCCAUUUGGCAGCUGAGUGGUUUACAAAGGUAAAUUCCCUGAACUGAAAGUAAUUGCAGGAGGUUGACCCAACAGCUGAGGAUUUUUCCCCCUAGAAAUUGCUAAAUCACUCCAGGAGUAGUUUGGUGCUAAGGAGGUUGGUGAGAGCAUAGAACUUCCAAGAGUUUGGGUUUAGGUAUUAUCAAUAUGCUGAUGAUAUCCAGCUGUAUGUUUUGACCUUAGGCUGGCCAGGUAUUAACCCAGUGCAUGGAGGUUGGAUGGGGAAGACAGACUCAAGCUCAAUCCUGACAAGACUAAGUGGCUGUGUUUGGGUCCCCUGACCCAGAGAUAUCCCAUUGUUGACCCUCAGUGGCAUUGCCCUUCCCUAUUUGAAAUUUGUGUGCAAAAUAGGGACCUUUACACAAGUACAUCUAGUGUACCAAUUGCAUGCUUUUCCUGGAUUCACUUCAGAGAGUCAAUCACACUCUGCUCAUUUCAUGGUUGCAUAUUGUAAGGAAUUCUACAUGGGGCUAUCUUUGAAGACUAUAUGUCUAGCUACAGCUGGUUUGGAACAGUGCUGCAGGCAGGGAUGGAGGGCACUAUAUUGUGUACAUGUGACUCCAGUUCUGGAUACAAUUCAUGAUGCUGGUUAUCACCUUUAAAACUCAUUACAGCUUAGCUACAAAGCCAGAACCAACCUUACACGUUCCAGGUCUCAACACAAACCCUUGGAUUAGACAAGCCACAUAAUCUAAAAAUGAAAGGUGAUUGUGAGUCUGGAAAUGACAGAGAUCAUGAGUUCAAUUUCUGCCAUAGCCGUGAAAGCUGGCUGGAUGACUUUGGGUCGGUCCCUCUGUCUUAAGCUCAAUUUACAUCACAGGUGGUGGUUGUGGGGAAAAUAGGAGGAGGAAGAUGUGUCCGGCAUGUUCACUGCCUUGAGUUAUUUUUUUUAAAAAAAGUUUUAUUUUUAUUUCUCAUAAAUGUGUCUUAAAUGUACAGUCUUUUAUCCAUUGUUGAUCAUAACAUAUUCUCUUUUGACUUUCAUAUUAGUUCGUUCUUCAUCCUAAAUAAUUUACGUAUGCUCGGGGUUGCUCUUCUACCAUUCCAUCUCCUUUAUUUUACAACAAUCCUUCUUCUCCUUCUCCUCUCUUUCCCUUCCCUCCCUUCUUCUAUCCUCUUCUACUUUCUUCUUUCUUCCUCUCUUCCCCUUCUCUCCUUCCCCUUCCUUUCCCCCAUACCUCCCUUCUUCCUCCUUUCUAACCUUCUCUCCUACUCUUAUUUCCCCUUCUUUUCUUCCUCUCCUUUUCCCUUUCUUCUGUUCCUCUCUCUCCUUCCUCUCUUCUCCCCUCCUAUCUAUCCCUCUACUCCUCUUUCCAUUCUCUCUCCAUUGUUGUAUUCAUAUUCAAUAUUUUCCAAAAUGGUAUCUCAGCAUCCCUGAUUUUCUAUUUAUAUUUACUUUCUUCUCAGUUUCUUUUCUAUUUUACUGAUUUCACAUAUAUUUUCAUAAAUGUACAUUUAUAUAAUAGGUUUUUUCUCCCCCCACCCCCAAACUACCUUGAGUUAUUUGUAAAGUAUUAUGACAGGAUACAAAUAAGUAAUAAAUAAAUAAAUUCUCCAAUCCCCUUUUUUUUAAAGCAAGGUGAUGAGGAUGAGGUAUAGGAAAAGAAAGAUGCAAUUCAUUCCAAGGUGAGAUACUGAUGCCUUUAUGCUAUGAGGUGUGAUAAUACUGCAUAUUUAGCAUACUAUUCAUAUACUGUCUUUCAGGAUAUAAAGUCUCACAAGAGCGUAUUUGAACAUUAUAAACAGUAUAUAAGAAUAAAAUAUUCAAAUAUAUAACAAAUGCAUGUAAAAUAAAUGGUGUUAAGAACUGUUUAAAUAGAAAUAAAUGCCAUGCAAAUCAAUUCAUUUUUUAAAAAAUAACACAAACCUCAGAAAAAGGGUGUGAAUUUCACAUAAGUGCUCUUAUCUUGAAAUAUGCCUCUCUUAACCUGUCUUCAGACAUUGCAUUGUUCUAUCACUGGAUGCAGUAAUUUAAGACACUUCACCAGUGAAGUGAGGGCUAAAAUAGGAUAGGGCUGUAAUCCCCAAACCUAUUUGGGGGGUUCCUGGUGUGCUUUCUGAUCACAACUAUUGAAAAUAGAGUUAAGAAACAAAAAAUGCAGAAUCAGUCCUAAAAUAGACUUUGUGUGUUAAAUUUAAAAAAUCCCCCCAUUUUUUUUUGUCCAAAUCCUUGGAAGAAAACAGAAUAUUCUGCUCUGAUUACAUAUGUUGUGUCUUCAUUUUAUCUGAUUGUUCUUCUGCCUCCAGUUAUGUUCAGGGCAAUAUCUUUCUGCCUAAAUAUUUCCCACCUCCAUAAGAGCAGAGGGCUAAAGAACUCAACUGACUCAAGAAUAUCUAGACCUUCGAAAUACAUCAAUAGAGUGCUUUGUAUCUAAGGAUAUUUGUCAUAUGCUAAGGAUGGAAAAUAAGGGCCUAGCUCUCAUCAAUUCUCUGAAUGUAUCAGGACCCAACACAGCUCAGUUAGAGAAUUCAGGAAGUAAAGAUCGUUUUUCACCAUUGUAAGCCCCAAAGGAGUAAUAGGCGUCAGUCAUCAAAGGUUGAUCUUAACUUCUUUAGAAAUGGUAGAAUCUUCUGAAUAUCGUUGAAAGCUCCAGAGAUACAGAAAGACUACUUAAGCCCAGGCAAAGCUACAUGGAUAUUGCUGAGCAUUCCAUCUGCUAUCCAGUAGAUAGUUAAGCUUACUUAUUGUUAAGUAUAGUUAAGCUUGCUUCCCUUGCCUUUAAUCAGUAAGAUAAUAAUCAUAACAUGUCUUUGCUCUUGAAUUCAGUUUUCCAGGAUGUAUCUAAAUAGAAUACAUGGUUGUAUCCAAUGGGAUGGCCAGUGGAAUGGGGAGGGAAAGAAACUUGAAGAUAUAGAGGUUUCUUAAAAGCACCUAUUGUCCCCAUCCCUCUAGUGUUGAGAAUGAAACUUUGCUUCUUUCAGUGACUUGGGACUAGGGUGGUUUGGAAUGACAAAAUAGCCUACCUGAUGGAAUAGAUCAAUCCUAUUGGACUCUGCCUGCCAACUAGAGGGAGGGGCUUUCCUGAAAGUUCUGGAAUGCCCUCCAAGAAGAUACAGGAAAAAGCCGUUUGCUGUACAGCCAAAGGGAACUCCAUGGCUGCCCUCCUCCCACUACAGUGGUGGCGGCGGAGUUUUAUUUUUAUCCUCUGCCUUCCACCUUGCUGCUUCCAUCACUGUCACUCUCCAACGUGAGGCAAGGCCUCCCCUCCCUUGGCCCCUGAAGGGAGAAAUGGGGUUGGGUAGAGGAUUUUUCUGUCUCAUUCUUGCCUCUGGGAUAUUCUGGAGUCAGCCCAUUUGUCAUGUACCACCUCAGGGCUUUCCCUUCAUUUCUUACGAAGUUAUUAUCCCAAGAAGGCUGGCACCCCGACGAGGCCGGGAACCGCAAGACCUUACUUAUUUAAUGGAGAUAGAAGGGAAAGGCCAUGUGGUACACCUCAGGCAGAAGAGGAAUUUCGUUCCUAAACACUUCCCUGUUUUUACCUAUAAUGAGGAUGGAGACAUUGAGGUGGACUACCCUUUCAUCAAGAAUGACUGCUUUUACUAUGGCUUUGUACACAACGAGCCUUCCUCUCUAGUCACCCUCAGCAGUUGCUCAGGAGGACUAAGAGGCUUUCUACAAGUGGGUAAUAAGCUCUACGAAAUCGAACCUCUGCAGACAUCUACUUUUCAGCACAUGGUCUACAGACUGGAAGAGAAGGGGAAUGAUAUCCCAAUCAGGUGUGGAGUAAUGGAAGAAGACAAACAUCACCAGGAGGCCAUGAUCCAGAACAGAGAGAAUAUUGUAAGCAAAAGUCCUUUGAGAGGACUAUGGCAAACAUAUCCCAGGUACAUGAAGAUAGCGAUUGUAGUAGAACAUGAACGAUAUGUCCAAUUUGGUAAAAACGAAACCGUCACUGCUAGGCAAGUCCUGGAUGUUGUUCACCUUGCAGAUUCGCUGUAUAAGCCUCUUGGGAUUCAUCUGGUGGUGGUUGGAUUAGAAAUAUGGUCACAAAAGAACCUCAUUGCAAUAGCCAAAAGCAUCGACGAAUUGCUUGACACAUUCAAUACAUGGAGGAAAACGAUACUUGUCCAGCAUCUAAGGCAUGAUGUUGGCCACUUAUUUGUAUAUAAGCAUUUUGGGAUUAAGUUUGGAUUAUCGUUUGUUGGAUCUGUAUGUGAUCCUAACUGGGCAUCUGCUGUUGAGGCAUUUAUUACUUCUAGUUUAUUUUCUUUCACAAUAACUUUUGCUCAUCAACUGGGUCAUAACCUUGGUAUGCAGCAUGAUGAGAAAUCCUGCACCUGUAAACAGCAUUCUUGUAUUAUGGCUCCCUUCCAAAGCAACACAAGUAAGUUCAGCAACUGCAGUUAUACCAGUUAUUCUAAGCUAAUGGAUACUAGUAGAAAGCAAUGUCUGUUAAUUCCGCCAGAACAUGAGAAAUUGUAUGACCUCAAAAACUGUGGCAACAAGGUGGUAGAGAGUGGAGAACAGUGUGACUGUGGUUCAAAGUUCCAUUGUGAAUCGGAUGCAUGUUGCCAGUCUAACUGUAUGUUGCGUUCAGGAGCCACUUGUGCUUUUGGAAAAUGCUGUGCUGACUGUCAGCUUCUUCCAGCCGGAACAGUUUGUAGAGAAAGGACUAACAUGUGCGAUCUUCCCGAAUACUGCACAGGAAUUUCAGAGUGGUGUCCUGAAGAUGUUUAUGUACAGGAUGGAGCUCCGUGCUCUGAUGGGGGCUAUUGCUAUCAUGGAGAAUGCUCUACUCACAGUGAGCAAUGCAAAAUUCUCUUUGGCAAGGAAGCAAUGGUUGCCCCACUGGAGUGCUUCAAAGCAAUAAAUUCUCGAGGUGAUCGUUUUGGCAAUUGUGGCGUUUUUCCUGGUAAUAUGUAUAAGAAGUGUCGGAACAAUAAUGUCUUGUGUGGCAGAGUCCAGUGUGUAAACAUUGGUGAAGUGCCUAAUUUGAAUGAGCAGACCACCAUCAUUCAAACUCCUCUUAGCAACCAUUUGUGCUGGGGUACAGAUUCUCCAAGUGGAAUUGGUGUAGCUGAUAUUGGAGCGGUGAAAGAUGGCACACGGUGUGGCCUCGGCAUGAUAUGCAUUAAUGGUGAUUGCAUCAAGGUCUCCCUCCUGAACUAUGAUUGUAAUCAAACCAAGUGCCACGACAGAGGAAUAUGCAACACUCAUAAACAUUGUCAUUGUAACUCUGGUUGGGCUCCUCCAUACUGCCUAAAGAAAGGCAGUGGUGGCAGCACUGAUAGUGGGCCUCCUCCACCCAGCAGUGUCAGUGAGAGAAGGACUAAAGGCAUUGUAAUAGUUAUUUCUGCUGCUGUUCUUCUAGCUGGGUUUGGCAUCUUAUAAAAAACUGAAUGUCAGAUGACAGACUUUGAUAACUCCGAUUCCGAUACGAGGACAAGUGUCCAGCCUGAUAUUAUAAACUCUUAGGAGGCUAGGAGGAUAUAAGAAAUAUCCUUUCAGUGCAUUGUGCCGGAAAUAAUGCAAUUUGUUUCUUGCAAUUUGGCCUCUAAAGAUAGUUUUACGAUCUUUAUCUCUGUAGCUUUCUAGGCUUAUUGCCUUAUGAAAAGCCUUAUGACACUCUGAAUGUCAUGUGAGGUGGGCUGAACAUUUAGAAAUCUUGUGGGAAUAUCCACAAGAGCGCUGUUGCGGUUCAUUCCCCUCCUUAUUGAAAUGAGUGGUUGUUGCAGACUAUGUGGAUGUAAUCCAGGCUAUUGGGAAAACUAUCAGAUAAAAAUAUACUAAAAAAAUUCAAACCUCAUCCACUACUUUAAAUGGCUCUUCCUAUAAAAAUUGCUGUAUGGAGGAAAGAACCAUACAGUUUCUUGUUCUUGUUAAAGCUGAACCCACACGGUACUUAGCAAAUUGGUACCAUAAUAUUUUGGAUUCAAAUACUUUUGGAAGUAUUUCUUGAAAGUAUAUGCAGCUUAUAAAAUUUGAUUGGAAAUGGACAAUGAUAGAGCUGCUUAGAGAAGUAAAAUGGGUACCUAGACAGAUCAGGUUCACAAUGGCAUCUUCAGUUGAUUUAUCUGAAUGGCCUAUUAUGAUGAGAUGCAUCUUUACACGUGCACAUUUUAAAUGCCAUUUUGAAAAGGCAAAAGUGCAGCUGGAGCUGAUCGUUGUAUAUGUACUGUGAAUGGGAAAAGGACCAGAUGAUGAAGUAGCAAAGUCAAAGGUCGCAUUUUGCUCAGAAGGAACAUUGCUCUAAACUCUACAGUAAGAGCAGUACCAUUGGGCUCCUAGUGUUUGACAUUUCUUUAGAAAAGAAUACCUCAAAAUUGCACACCCAAGAACUUUUUUCUCAAGAGCUGUACGGGUAUCAUUAAUUACAGAGAUUUGCAAAGGUGUUGAACACGAGAUCAAAUACUGCACAGAAUCAUAGUAUAAAUAAUCGACCACAGACCACAUUAACCUGUGACAAUAUAUUUCUUCUAGUGGGGUUUUAUAUAUUUAAUGCAAUAUUUGAGGUAGUGGUGAAAUUGUUUGGUGCUCGUACCAACAUUCCCAUUGACUUCAAUGAUAUAUAAUCAUGUGUAACUGUAUUGGGAAUCGCAGCAUCUGCUUGCAGCUUAAUUGUUACCUGCUAUUCUGUAGUGACUCCAGUGUAUUAACAUCGAUUGAGAAACGGUUUAGUAAGCAUGAGAAUAAAUAUGUUAUUGUAAAAUUGUGAUGACAAAAAAUUUAGUUUGUUCAGAUUUUUUUCUGUAGUUUUUGCAGAAAACACAAGUGCAAACCAGCAGAGUUUAAUAUGCAAUAGCAGCAAUGCUCCUUCAGCAAUCAAACAUCUGAAAUGAAUACAUUAUUUCUGGAAUUGGGUAAUAUAAUAUUGCUGUCAUUAUUUAGGAAAACUCAACCUAAAUUUUAACCGUUCUGUAUCAUUUACAGUCUGCCUUGCCCACUCUUUUAUCUUUGAAUUUCCUUUCAUAAUCUGUACACGACCACUGCAUUUGUUAUCACUUGAGUUUCCUGUAAAAAUUAUUUUGUAUUUCUGAACAGUAACACUUCUUCAAAACAGACCCAGUUUACUAUAUAUCUUUAAAAGAGGGAUCUCACCCAGCUAUCAUAUAUUACUUAUCACAUUGUAUAAUACAGUAACUACUUUCAAAUGUGCUUUGUUAUUGUAUAACCAUGAGAAUUAUUUCUUUUAGGGAUUAUUUCAAAUUAUUUAAUAAAUUAUUUUAUACUUA